GGCCGCCUGCAGGCCGAGCGCCGCGGCCUGGAAAUGGCCCACGAGCAAGACGUGCGGGAGCUGCGCGCGCGCGCCGCCCGCCUGACCAUGAGCUACCGCGCCCGCGCCACCGGCCCCGCCGCGCCCCCGCCGCGCCUGCGGGAGGUGCACGACAGCUACGCGUUGCUGGUGGCCGAGUCGUGGCGGGAGACGGUGCAGUUGUACGAGGACGAGGUGCGCGAGCUGGAGGACGCGCUGCGGCGCGGCCAGGAGAGCCGGCGCGAGGCCGAGGAGGAGACGCGGCUGUGCGCGCAGGAGGCGGAGGCGCUGCGGCGCGAGGCGCUCGAGUUGGAGCAGCUGCGCGCGCUGCUGGAGGAAGAGCUGCGGCGGGUGCAGGAGGAGUACGAGCUGCAGGCGGAGGAACGGCAGAGAGUGAUCGCCUGCCUGGAGGAUGAGAAGGCGGCCCUCACCUUGGCCAUGGCUGACCGGCUGCGGGACUACCAGGAGCUCGUGCAGGUGAAGACCAACCUCAGCCUGGAGGUGGCCACGUAUCGAGCCUUACUGGAGGGAGAGAGUAAUCCAGAGAUAUUGAUCUUGACUGAGCGCAUUGAAAACAUACCACAAGAGCUCGGGAGCACGUCCUAUCGAUACGGCCACUCGGUGUUACAGAGGGAAAAUGAAAGGAAUCUGUUUGCAAGGCAGAAAGCCCCCUUCAUCCACAGCCCGCUGCGGCGCCCUCACCUGCCGGCACAGCCCGCUGUUGGAAGUGCUGCCGGAAGAGGCUUCCUAGGCUCAGAAUAUUCUUCCCGUACCACCACCCGGCAGGAAACAACGUAUGAUAAAACUGCCAACCUGCACGAGAAAACUGCCAAGAGUCAAACCAACUUCAGAACUUUUUCUCCAACGCACAAUCUUUUAAGAGAUACUGACGCUUCAGUGAAAACAUUCCCCGAGAGGCCGAGAAGCGCGGGUAUGAAGGAUGCCUCCGCUCGUGAGGCCAGAGAGCCUGCCAUGGCCCAAAAGCCUUACCAAGAACGCCGGAAUGACGUGUCAGCAGGCGCUUCCAAAAACACAUGGUCGAGUGAGAGGACCGUCAUUGUGGGAAAGAAGACAGAAGCUAACGCCACGAGGGAGCAAGACAGAAACAGGCCGGGAACCGUCCAGACAAAGCGGGAAGAGAAAAUGUUCGAUUCCAAAGAGAAGGCUUCAGAGGAGAGAAACCUAAGGUGGGAAGAGCUGACAAAGUUAGAUAAAGAAGCAAGAAAGAGAGAAAGCCAGCAACUGAGGGAGAAGGGGAGAGGGAAGGAGUCGGCGCAGGAGAAAAGCGUGAGAGAGAGAGAGGUGCCGAUCAGUCUAGAAGUCUCUCAGGAGAGCGCGCCCCAGGUGGCCCCGAAAGGUUUGCAGAUGCCCCUGCAGGAGGACCCCCAUGAUGGUGCCGGGAGAGGCAUGGAAACCCGGGAGGCCCGGGUCAGGCUAGGCCCCAGUGACACCGCCGGCUCGCCGAAGGGCGAGUCCACGACCGAAACCAUAGCAGAAAACAUCGUGUCCAGUAUCCUGAAGCAGUUCACCCAGUCUCCGGAUACAGAGGCAUCUGCUAAUGCCUUUCCAGACACUAAGGUCACUUACAUGGAUAGGAAAGAGCUUCCCGGCGACAGGAAAACAAAGACCGAGAUAGUCGUGGAGUCGAGACUGACGGAGGAGGUCGAUGUUUCAGACGAAGCCGGCCUGGACUACCUUCUGAGCAAGGACAUCAAGGAGGUGGACCUGAAGGGAAAGUCGGCCGAGCGGAUGAUAGGCGACAUAAUCAACCUUGGUCUGAAAGGAAGAGAGGGGAGGGCAAGGGUCGUCAACGUGGAGAUCAUUGAGGAACCUGUGAGCUACGUCAGUGGUGAGAAGGCAGAGGAAUUUUCUACCCCGUUCGAAGUGGAGGAGAUGGACGAUGUGUCUCCGGGCUCCAAGGGGCUCGUCGAGGAGGAAGACGGUUAUAGAGGAGCCGACAGCACGUUCUCAGGAAGUCGGCAUAAGAAGACCAGGUGGCCCCAAGAGAGCGUAACCCACGUUGAAGAAGUCAUGGAGGCCGGCGACUCGGAAGGGGGAGAGCAGAGUUAUUUUGUGUCGACGCCAGAUGAGCACCCCGGGGCGCAGGACAGAGACGAGGGCUCGGUGUAUGGGCAGAUCCAUAUCGAAGAAGAGUCCACCAUCAGGUACUCUUGGCAAGAUGAGAUUGUGCCAGGGACUCGGAGAAGAAUCAAGAGGGAUGAUGGGUCGGGAGAGACGGUGGUGAAGCCACCGGACGUCGUAGAACCCCCGCUGGGAGAGGACGUGGGUCAUACUCACUGGCAAGAACAAGCUAGAAGCGGUGAACUUCAUGCUGAACCCACAGUCAUCGAAAAGGAGAUUAAAAUACCGCACGAGUUCCACACGUCCCUCAAGGGGGCCUUCAAGGAGCCCCGACACCAGCUGGUGGAAGUUAUUGGGCAGCUGGAAGAAAGCCUUCCGGAGCGCGUGAAGGAGGAGCUGUCGGCCCUCACCAGAGAGGGUCAGGGUGGGCCCGAGAACGUGUCCGUCGACGUCAAGAAAGUGCACACCUCCAGUGGCAGGGCCGUGACCUUGGUUGCUGAAGUCAACCUCUCGAAAACCGUGGACGCCAAUCAGUUAGACCUGGAGGAGCUGAGCAAAGACGAAGCCGGGGAGAUCGAGAAGGUCGUGGAGUCGGUGGUACGAGACAGUUUGGCCAGGCAGCCCAGCCCGGCCCCCGGGAGCCCGGGCGCGGAGAGCGCAGGGGAGGACCCGGCUGCCGGCCUCCGCUUCCGGCGCUGGGCCACCCAGGAACUGUACCGCCCCUACGGUGAGGAGGACGCCGCCGGCCGGGCCUCCCCCAGCUCGGAGCCGGCCACGUCCCCCGGGCCUGUGUCGGCCACCGUGGAAGUAACCAGCCCGACGGGCUUCGCCCAGUCGCAUGUGCUCGAGGAUGUAAGCCGGUCUGCCAGGCGCGUUCAAGUAGGCCCUGCUGGGAUCUGGAGGACUGAGCACGUCUCCCGUGAGGGACCCACGGCGCAGGUGGUGGAGGUGGACGUGAGUAACAUAGAGGUGACACCCCGCUGGACACGAGAGACCACAGUCUUCUUCCCUGCAGGAACGGAAGCGGCUGCGCAGGGCACCCCUGACCAUGGUGCCUGGAGAGACGGGGGCAGUGGGAAGGCCUGGGUGGCCGGCGCGAGCUUUCAGGGCUCUGCUGGGGAUGGACACCAGGUCCCCGGGGAAAAGGGCAAGGAGCAGGCGGAGUUUGACAGGACGGUGCAGCUACACAGGAUGGUAGACCAAAGGUCGGUGAUUUCGGAUGAAAAGAAAGUGGCCCUCCUCUAUCUAGACAAUCCGGAGGAGGACAGUGAAGGACACUGGUUUUGAUAAAUAUUUUGUUUUCAGUGGUAUCUUACUUGGUAACCGGGCAGCACACAAAGGCCUUUACUAAUUGGAAGGAGGGAGGUUCACUCUUAUUAAGAUGCCCCCUUUUUCUUUCUCCAAAGAGCGCUCCAGGCGAUGUCAAUUUCCUUUAUAAUCUGUAAAGGUUUCAAAUUAAUUCACGCCUUUAAAGGUGUUGGACUUUUAUUUUUGAGUUGGAACUUUGACAGAAGUAUUUUGUAUCAUUUCAGUCUUCAAAGUUCCUUUUCCUGGAGUUUUCUCUCCACUCCUAGAGACAGUUUCUACCAUUUUUGCUCCUGGUCACAGAAAUGCCUUGCAUCUGUUUAAAAUUAUAAUUAACUAUCCAUAGGUCAGAUGCUUAUAUGGUAACAAGAUCAAAGUAAUGUAUUGACGGUCAAUCUUAUUUGCAUGUGCUAAUCUGAAAUAAGAGACUAGCAUUGAAAAGGAAAAAUGUAUACAUUUUUCUAAGUCUUCUCGAAAAGAAAUCCUGGGAAAGAAGCAGAUCACUUCCAUUAAAAAAUGAUUUUAUCUUUAGGAAAAAGUUCCAUUCACUUUAAGACCUGAGUGAAUUGCUUUCUAUGUGCAGAGCUUUAAAAAAUAUAUAGUGUUUUACUUAUGGAGAGGACGGCCUCAGCCUGUUGCAAUACUUCAAGUCCAUAAUAUACUUGCUAUGUUUGCACAGGUCCCAGAACCCUGCACCGGACCCCCGGGCUGGGGGGAGAUGAUUCUUGGGACUCGCUUAGAGGACUUUUUUUGCAGCACUAGGUGGUUAAGUAGCACACGGUCUAAAUAUGCUUUUCGGUUACAACCGAAGUUCUGGAGUAGCCAGCUCCUACCAGAGUAUUCUCGAGCUUCUCUGCACCUUAGCCCUUAGCACCUAAACAUUUAGUUUUCCUGGUGGGAGGCCGACCCCGAAGACCAUAGAGAGAAUGUUGAUGCUUGGACGAGAACUUGGCUUCCCGGAUGGUCAUGCAGUCACCCUGGAAGCACGGGGAGGACGCGCUCCCCCCCACCCGAAGAAGCCCUUCCAACCCACCGCAAAAGGGGCCAAGGUCUUUCUGAGCUGAAAGACUUUGCGAUGAAAAACCACCAACAACCUCAAGGAAGUGUUUGCAUUUUUAACAGAAAUCAUUACAGCUGGGGUGUUUCGUUCAGGGGAGUGAAUACUCAUGUUGAAUAGAAGAAGAUGUCUUGGGGGAAGGAGCUGGGCCCCCCUCUGGCUGCCCAGCAUUGAGACACUGAGGAGGGGCCCCCGGAGGAAGGCAAAGGGCCUGCCCUCCUGGGCCACGGGAUGCUGACCCUCACACCCAUACCAUCCAGUUUAAGGUACUAGAGUGAGGGUGCUUUGUUUUAUUUUACAUAAGGGCAUUGCUUUUAGGGCUCCCGUCUUCAAAGGGAUGGCCUCACGCAAAAUAAUAUCUCUAGCCGCACAGCAUUCUUUUAAUCCAAGCUAGUUUCUUGCACAUAAAGUUGAAACUGUAUUUUCUCUAACACAGACUCUAGAAUUGCCGGUAGUGAGCUGAGGAAUAACGAUUCGAGGGGACAGCAGCCUCGUGUGGGUUCUGGUGAUGGGUGGUGGUUAUGGCACGAGAGGGGUAGGGUCACACAGUGGCUCCCCAGCCCCCAAGACCUCCAUCUCCUCGGCCCCCAGAAAUGGCCACUGCAGAUUGUUGAGGGAGCGUGCAUUUUCUUACUAAGUGCAGGAGAAAGGCAGCAAAGCUUUCAGGAUGAUCUGUCGGACACACACUGUGAAUCCGGGUGUAGAAAGAGUUGACUUGCCCGUGUAAACUGUUGUUGUGUGCCGGACGAACUAGUAAAUGGUCACAAGCCGGUACACAGGCGACAGCUUUGCAAACAAAGGCUUCUCGUUUCUAAUUCGGUCAGGGAUGGGCUGAUUUUCUGUUAGCUGUAGUGGGUGAUGGUGUUUGUCUAAGCGAUGUAUUGGUCAAGGUGACAGCCUACCGGUUUGAUGGCAAGACAGACUGAUGGCGGGCGGUGGGGGGAGUCUGUUCUGUGAGUCUCAGUGGGCUUAGUUUUAUGUCCCUUUCCUGCCUUGUAAAUGAGUGCUAACGGGGACAGAUUAUGAAUAUCACAUCCCACCUCUAUUUGGAAAAUACAUAUCUUAGGUCUUAAUUUACAUUUCCGUGUUAGAACACGGAUCUUCGAGGAGUAGCCUGCCAAGAGGAUUCACCAAUAGGGAGUCCUGAGCGGUCCUUGGUGGCUCAGUCUUUGGAUGACCCAGGAGCAGCGCAGGCCCUCCACACUGAGCAAAUCACCCCACAGCUCCAGGUCCUUUAAAACCAGUCCCUCUGGAGAACACAGCAGUCAACUUUGGGGGUGGGGCAGAACCAACAUUUACCGCUGUGGAGACAAAACACAGAAUGCUUUUCGCCCUCCCACUGGUGGUUUCGAUAUUGUGUGGUUUCAAAUGUAUAUUUAGGAUGGAAUCCUCGAAAAAGCUGAUCGUUCUAAGCUCCUGUUCCCUACAGAGGGAAAUGUCACAAGAAUGUAUAAAAAUAAAAAUCAAAGGAAAAAACA